CUUAUGGGACCUUUCACUCUCUUCAAUUCUAUCUUCUCUCAAAUCAACCUUUCUAUACUUUGCCACAUUCCUCUAUCUAAUCCAAAUCCACUAUUCCAUAUAUUAUUUUCUCUCAAAUUAUCCAAUCUCCAUCAUCCAAUCUUAUCCAAAAAAAACAAAAAAUAACCAAAAUGUUUGAUAAUGUGGGAUUCAAAUCUCUCUUCGGCAAGGAGAAGCCGCGGGAGAGCCCUAGCGAGAAUGGCGGAUCCGUAAACUCGAGAACGUCGUCGAUUAGCUCUCGGGCGCGCCUGGAGGAGGAGCUGGAGCAGGUGUUCAACAAAUUCGACGUCAACGGCGACGGCAAGAUCUCGUGGUCGGAGCUGGGGUCCAUCAUGGGCAGCUUGGGCCACGUGGCGACGGAGGAGGAGCUGAAGGCGAUGGUCCGGGAGGUGGACGGCGACGGCGACGGCUUCAUCGAUCUCCGAGAGUUCAUCGAGCUCAACACGCAGGACAUUGACUCCGAGGAGGUGUUGCGGAACCUCAAGGACGCCUUCUCCGUCUUCGACGCCGACAAAAACGGCUCCAUCUCCGCCGAGGAGCUCCAGAACGUGAUUCACAACCUCGGCGACGACUGCUCCAUUGCCGAUUGCCGGAACAUGAUCAGCGGCGUCGAUCGCGACGGCGACGGGAUGAUCGAUUUCGAGGAGUUUAGGGUCAUGAUGAUGAUGGGAUCUCGCUUUGAUGCUAUGGAUUCUAAGAUUUGAGUAAUUA